CUGACGCUAGACCAGAUUCGCCGUCUCAGAACACACAUGCUGCGCGUGACGCGGGAGCAAGACCUGGAGCUUUCGACAGCGGCGCUGGGAUGGGUGUACUUUGAGAAGCUCAUUUGGAAGGGCUAUGUUGUCAAGGACAACCGCAAGCUGAUUGCAGGUAAAAUGCAGUGGCACAUCCUUUAUUGCUGCCUUUCCGAUACGAUUGAGCUGUCCAUUCUCGACCAGGAGUUCGACGUAUUCGCACAGCUCGAGUUCUCGCUAUGGGUCCCUCGGCAUGAGUUUAUGCCGCACUUUGCGCGCAUGUUUGAGGCCAUUGGGCUGUACCGUUCGUACGAGGAUUACCUGGGCAACAUUGAAUUCUACGCAUGUAAACUGCAUGCUUGA